AUGUCAUUAAUAUACAUUGGUCAACAAAUUACAAUUUAUGGUGGUAUAUUUAUUUUUAUCACUGGCUCAUCUGGAAAUCUAAUGUCUAUAUUAGUCUUUUCAAGUGUUCGUAAUUAUCGUACAACUCCAUGUACAUUUUAUUUUCUUAUUGCUUCAAUAUUUAAUAUUAUUUAUUUAGCAAAUAAUCUUAUUUCUCGUAUUGUUAGUACAGGUUAUGGAAUUGAUUUAACAAAAACAUCAGUUAGUUGGUGUAAACUAAGAGUCUAUAUUGGUAAUAGCGUUACUUUAAUUUCAUUAAGUUGUUCAUGUUUAGCAACAAUUGAUCAAUUUCUUGUUACAUCACGAAAUGCAAAUCUUCGACGAUUUAGUAAUAUAAAAUUGACAUACCGAAUAUUAUUAACUAUUUCAUUAAUAUCGUGUCUUCAUGGAAUUCCAAUUCUUUUAUUUUAUAAUAUUUCAUCAGUUACAAAAACAUGUAUAAACACUAACCCUGGUUAUGCUAUUUAUACUCCAAUAUAUGGUACAGCUGUUCUUUGUUUUAUUCCAGUUAUAAUAAUGAUUAUAUUUGGAUAUCUAACAUAUUAUAAUAUUAAUUCGAUAAGAAUUCUUACUGAACAACAAGCGGAUCGUCAAUUAAUAAGAAUGAUUUUAUCUCAAGCAAUCUCUGCUUUUAUUACUUUUAUACCGUAUGGUAUUAAUAUUGCUUAUAGUCAAAUUACAUCAAAUAUUAGUAAAGAUUCAUAUAGAUUAAAUAUUGAAAGUUUUAUUUCAAUGAUGACUACUUUGUUAUCGUAUAUCUAUUAUGCAGUAUGUUUAUUAGUUGUUUGUAAAAUAGUUGAAGAAUUUAUUUUUAGGCAAAUUGUUACAUAUUUUUGA